UUUGCAGUGCAUAACAAAGUCACAGUGUGGCAUCGCCAUGUCCGUGGCCUUGAGUAUUUUGCAGAAGGAUAAGAAAAAUAUUCGUACAACGCAUAUAAAAUCAAAAUAUUUUUAACGUGUAAAUUCCUUUAAUUUUUUUUAUUAAAUAUAGUAGGUUGCCAUUAAAUAUAGUUUGAGUGAAAAUUAACGCAUAAUGAGUGACAGCGAAGAGAACGAAGGCAAAAGUGACCAAUCUGACGGGCUGCCCACUAAGCCGUCGACGUUGUUGUAUACGCCGACGUCGAAGUCAGCAGCGACAGCAACAGAUACAGAUUCUGGCAGUCAAGGCGAAGAAGAUGGCACUGUGGACAUGAUUCGUCGAUUCUUUUCGCAGACUUUCAGUCUGACCUCGGACAACGAAUGUGCAGUUGUGGACAAGGUAAUACCCGAGCUUACCUUUGAAGGCCUCUCGAUGCACUGGCGCGAAAACGGCUUUAAAAACAUUGUAACUAUGGUGGGUGCUGGUAUCUCUACUUCUGCGGGUAUUCCUGACUUUCGUUCGCCUGGCUACGGGUUGUACAGCAACCAGAAGCAGCAUAAGCUACCGCAUCCAACGGCCAUAUUUGAUGUGGAUAACUUUCAGAAGAAUCCAGCCCCAUUUUUUGAACUAGCCAAGGAGUUAUAUCCGGGCUCGUUUAUGCCAACUCCGGCGCAUUACUUUGUUCGCCUGUUGCACGAGAAGGGCGUGCUACAGCGCCACUAUACUCAAAACAUCGACAUGUUGGAACGUUUGGCAGGUCUGCCGGAGGACAAGCUUAUUGAGGCAAUUGGCAGCUUUAAUACGAAUCAUUGUCUCAAUUGUAAGCAAUUCUACGAUAUGGCCUGGAUGAAGAAGAAGAUAUUUUCGGAUGCUCUGCCCAUUUGUGAGCAGUGCAAGGGCCUUGUGAAGCCGGACAUUGUUUUUAUUGGCGAAAAUCUGCCCGAUAAAUUUUACUCCUGUCCCGAGGAGGACUUCAAGGAGUGCGACUUGCUUAUCAUCAUGGGCACGUCUCUGGAGAUGCAACCGUUUGCUUCGCUAAUCCACCGGGCUGGUCCACGUUGCAUUCGCCUGUUGAUUAAUCGCGAUGCGGUUGGGCGUGCAAGCUUUGCACCCUGGAUGGAUGCCAAUGGCGAGGCGUUGCUCUACGGCGAAACGAAGAAUACGCGCGAUGUAGCAUUCCUUGGGGAUUGCGAUGCUGGUGUCUGGGCUCUGGCUGAAGCGCUUGGCUGGGAAGAUGAAUUACAGCAACUGAUUAGCAAAGGACAACGAGAACUGGAUGAGGAGAAGGACAACAUAGUUGUCUAUUAUGGAGACGAAAUACAGACUGCGGUAAUUGAUAGUGCCAAGAAAUAGAGAGGGUUAUGAGGCUAAAUUGAACUGGUUUUUCCGAUUUCAUUAUAUUAGAUGUUGCAAAUAUAUAUUAGUGUUAAAUAGAAAGUUUAUCUUGCGUUAAAUAUGUGUGUAUAUGUCUAUUAGUGUGUGUUAUAUGCAAAUUUUGUGGUUAUCAUAUUAAAGCAUCCAAGUAUAUUUAUGUGUGUUUACCAAAACAAACCAAGCAUGUGUUUCAUUC